GGAAACUCCCAUGAUUUGUACAGCCCUCAAACUUUAUUAUAAGUGCCAUACAUUAAUCCAGGUUUUGAACGUUAGUGACCAAAAUUGCCAGAUUGUCUAGGAAACCAACCGGUCACUGCAACCUGGCAACCCGAUCCAAUGGGCAUGGGCGCAGCUGCUCUAUGCGCAAGAAGACGGGACAGCGUUUUGCAUUAAAAAAAUCCAUGUACACCUGCACAUUUAAGUAGUUUGAGUAAAAGGAGUCAGAGGAAUUAUAGCUAAAAAUGUGGCACACCGAACAAGAGAGAGAGGGAAAGCGAGAAGCCAUCGCUAGCUCCAAAGCUAAAGCGACCGUGUAAACACCUGUAGGAUUUAGCAAGAGUCGUUAAACGAGUCAUAAAGCUGUGGGUGGUGAAGCAGAACUAAUUAAGUUUAAAUUAAUAGCGGAUAACUUGCAGUUGUACUAAAGAAUCUUCACAAAAUUUACUGUAUUAAGAUAGAGCAUGCACUGAGCAGGAACACGCUCCGGGGUCCAGCAAUGAGACAACACGUUUAUAAAAGAGGGGGCCAUGCUAAUCUUCUCUUUACACGCUUACCACAGCACGCCUGGUCAAGAGUCCGCUCAUUACCUUUUGAAUAUAUCAGUCUUCAGGUAUAAGUGUUGGCUAUGUGUCAGUGGUAACAGAAUUAAGACUCAUAAAACCAAUGCAUGCGGCGUGGGAGGGAUUGAUUGAUUGAUUGAUGGGUCUACCUGUCUUAUAACUGGGUGUUUGAAUUCUGUUUGUGGCAUCAUCUCCUGAAAAGUUCAGUGCAGGCAGAUUGGGACUAGACUUACAAUUUACAAUGCUGCUUGCAGCUGUGUUAUUUUUGUUUGCGUCUUCCGUGAAGGUUGUCUCAGGGGCAGAUUGGUGCUAUCAGUCCCAAGUUACAUGCAAUGAAACCUGCAAAGGUCCAGACCUAUGGGGAGUGGUUUCAAAACAGUGCAGCGGCAGAGCUCAGUCUCCAGUUAACAUUGUUACAGGGAGAGUGCUACCAGAUGAACGUCUCACUCCUUUUCAAUUCAUUGGCUAUCAAGACACUUUUAAUGGUCACCUCAUAAACAAUGGUCAAAGUGUUCAACUGGAUUUGCCCUCCAGUAUGAGGCUCAUGGGAGGAAAUCUGGCUGUACCAUACAAGGCAUACCAACUUCACCUGCAUUGGGGCCAAGAUGCAGGGCCAGGGUCUGAACACACUGUUGAUGGAGAACAAUUUCCAAUGGAGAUGCAUAUUGUCCACAUAAAAGAAGAAUAUGUCUCUUUGUCCCAGGCUGUAAGAGACCGCACAGGCGUGGCUGUUCUUGGAUUUUUCUUUCAGGAGUCAGAGUCUGCAAAUAAGAAAUUUGAUCCCUUUAUUAAUGCUCUAAAAUAUACCAUACAACCCACAAACAGCACAACAUUGAAGGGUGUCUCUCUGGAAAUGUUAAUUCCUCCUCAGAAGAAUAUGACCAAGUACUUUCGCUAUGAUGGCUCUCUCACUACACCUAGCUGUGCUGAAGUUGUUGUUUGGAGCCUGUUUGAGAACACCAUUCCUCUCAGCAGGAAACAGCUCGCCGCAUUCUCCCAACUUCAGUUUGCAAGUGGGACGCAGAUGGUCAAAAGCUACAGGCCAGUGCAGCCCUUGAAUGGACGGCAGGUGUAUUACUCAGGAGGCCAUGUUGCUGUGCUUAGCAGUGGGUUACUCAUGUCAGUGCUGGUAUCCAGUGCCUUGUCCCUGCACACUACAGGCUCCCCUCCAUAGCUUGGAAUUUUCUACAAACUGCACUGAAGAUGAAAGUUGCCAUGUAUGAUGACCCAGAGUAAUUUACAGACUAGGGUGCUAAUAGUUGCUAUUACACUCUUGUGCGAUACUGAAGUGUUUCCUUCCUGUCCUGCAGAUAUAAGAACUCUGAACUUUCCCACAGUGCAUACUGUAUUGUCUCAUCUGUUUGAAAAAUAUUGUGCAAUUAAUAAAGUAUGUUUUAUUCCUGC